AGCAGAUUUUCACCAAUGGUGGCCGAUCCCGCGAGACGGCGAGAGUUUGUCAAGAAUGCCGUCAAGUUCCUCAGGCAAAAUCAUUUCGACGGCCUCGAUCUCGACUGGGAAUAUCCGGCUUUUCGAGACGGCGGAAAACCACGAGAUAAGGAUAAUUACGCCAAUCUGGUGCAGGAACUUUACGAGGAAUUCGAGCGAGAAUCCUCGAAGACCGGAAGACCGAAGCUGUUGUUAUCGAUGGCGGUACCCGCUGGUAUCGAAUACAUUGACAAGGGUUACGAUGUACCUAGGCUAAAUGAGUACUUGGACUUCAUCAAUCUGCUCUCUUACGAUUACCAUUCGGCGUAUGAGCCCGCUGUCAAUCAUCACUCGCCGUUGUAUCCUCUGGAAGAGGACAAUGAAUACAAUUACGACGCCGAGUUGACAAUUGAUUACACGAUCAGUCAUCUCCUGGAAAAGGGUGCAUCCGCGGAUAAGAUCAUUCUUGGAAUACCAACGUACGGUCGCUCGUAUACGUUGUUUAAUGAGGAGGCGACCGAUCUUGGAUCGCCAGCGGAUGGUCCGGGUGUCGAAGGAGACGCUACUCGAGAGAAGGGCUACCUUGCCUAUUAUGAGAUUUGCGAGAAUAUAGCGGAAUCCGACAAAUGGGUGGUCGUUCAGCCGAAUCCGAAAGCCAUGGGACCGUACGCGUUUAAUGGAAAUCAGUGGGUUGGAUAUGAUGAUGAAGAUAUAGUCAGACUGAAAGCUCGAUACGUGAACGAGAAGAAAUUGGGAGGCAUCAUGUUCUGGUCGAUAGACAAUGACGAUUUCCGUGGCAAGUGCCAUGAUCGACCUUAUCCAUUGAUCGAAGCUGCUAAAGAAACUUUACUUACAAAUAAUAGGAAUACAAUUGAGAAUACAAAGUCAGUGGACAGUCGAAAAAAGAUUCGCACUCAAGGUAUUCAGAGCAAUGCUCGUAAAUUACGGACAAAUAGUCAAAGAAGUAGCACCACAUCGGCUCCGAUCACCAGUAGACGUGUGUCUUCUUCAAGGCCAAAGUACCGUAACAUUUCAAAAUCGAAGACGAGUGACGGAGAUGAAGAAGAUCGGGAGGUAUCAAGGAGAUCGUACGAUCCGUCAUCGGACGAGAUCAUAGAGAGUAGAAACACCGUCAGAGUUACGGAAAAGAUCGAGAGACCGAAGAACCGGAACAGAAGCAAAACGCGAAAUAGCUUCACCGAUCAUAGCUCUCGUAGAAAACAAUCUAGACGCAAAGAACAGAGCAAAACUGACGAGAACGAGGGAUCCUUGAGCAAUAAGCUGACGACUCCUGAACCGCCGACCACUCCUGAUCCAGGAUCUGAUUUUAAAUGCGAGGACGAAGGCUUCUUCCCGCAUCCUCGAGACUGCAAGAAAUACUUCUGGUGUCUCGACAGUGGACCAAGUGGACUUGGCGUGGUUGCGCAUCAGUUCACCUGCCCUUCAGGUUUGGUAUUCAAUAAGGCAGCGGAUUCUUGUGAUUACCCGCGCAAUGUGAUUUGUCCUAAAACGUCAAAGACAUCGGUCGUCUCGACCACUAGAUCGCCCAUCACAGCUGCGACCAGUCGAACGACUUACAUACACAGCACGACAACCGCAAAGAUUGAACCGGAAGAGUACGAUUCGGAAGAGGAAGAUUAUGAAGAGGACGCGAUAGAGGAAAGCGAGGAAGAGGAAGUACCAGAAGAACCGAAGACCACCAUGACUACGAAACCUCUCGUAUAUAAGACGCUCACUAGAAAUCGUCCUAGCACGACCACUACUACAACGACGACGAAACCAAAUGAACCGGAGAGAGCAAGUUAUGGCGAAGACGAGGAGGAUCCGAGGGUGAUCAAAGAACUGAUCGAUCUCAUCAAAAAAGCUGGUGGAAUCGAACAUCUGGAGAAACAAUUACUUUUUCAAGAGAAGAAUUUCGACGUUAGAUCGGACAGCGAAAGCGUCACUCCGGCUACGAUUAGUCGUAGUCUGUACGAGCGCGUGUUGAGUCGUCAGGCAAACAAACUCGGUAACAGUCGACCCGUACCAUCAUCCUCGGAAACUAGUUACGUGAACGGACCAGGAAGAGCACAAUUCGAAGGCUUGGAUGAUAUUCCCGAAGUGAAGAGUCUCAGACGGUCGCAGAAACCUGAAUAUGUCACUAUCGAGAGAUCUAAAUCAUCUGUCACGACGGAAUCGGAGAAUGAAGAGAUUGACGAGAACGAGGAAGAUGACGACAGCACCGAUGUAGCUUCCUCCGAGGAGGAAAGUAUCAGCAAUCCGUUAGAAGGGAGCCCGUCCACGCAACGAGUGACGCCAAAUUAUGUCAACAUUCGUCGAACGCGACCCUCUACUACGACGUCUAAAACCGAAAACGACGUGGAUGAGAAGGAAGCGGAAGUCAAGGAGGAAAGACCGACUCGCAGACGACGACCCUACGUCUCGAAGGACUCGGAGAAGGGAGAUGAUUUGGCAGGCGUGAAUCUCUCAACGGAGAAAAACGACGCUUUGUCAACGAUCAAUUCUAGAUACACCAACAUACAAAGAUUUAGAGGCAUUGCUUCGAAAAGUCCGGAAAAUUUAUCCAGCGUAUCUUCAUUGGAGAUAACCACUUUGCCAGCAAAGCUGGAAGAAAACCCAGAAGUACAAUCUAGUACAACAGAUAGUACAACCACUUUCUCGUCAACAACACCCACGACGACCACUUCGACCUCUACCGAAGUCAUCACCGUGAUCAGUGUCGAACCGCCGGAAAAUCCAUCUAGCGUCAGCCCUAAAGUAGACAACAGUGGUUCCACCACGGAUUCAAUGAAACUGGUAGAAGAUUCGGCGACGGAAAUCUUGUUCACGACAUUGCCGGCGACUACUUCGUCAACGACGACGACAAAGACGACGACAGCAUCUGCAAGUAGGUCAACGAUCGCCACGGUUUCGCAGCCGCGACCAUUUGGCUUUACUAGACGAAGAUUUAGCUCAUCAGAAGCAACGACGACGACAACAACGAGUGGCCCGUCGAGUAGAUCCAAGGUGAGUAUAACAUCGCGCAAUUCCACGCGUCCGUCCAGUCCGUUUCUGGGGCGAGUUCGAUCAAGGACGAGACCGGCUAACCGAGUUGCCGAGGACGAAUCGGUGGAGCAGGUGGACGCUCCACAAGUGGAGACUUCCACGUUUAGGAACAAAGAUCCGAGUAAAUCGCGCAGUAGAGGAUCCAGCAGAUUUACCUCGCCGACGUCGAGAUCGAGGACAAAAGAUGUUUUCACGAACUCCGUUCCAAGUCCCAGGUACAGAGAAAGAGGCAGAACGACGAUUUUGACGACCGUCAGUACAACUACUAUCGACAGCGAUAGCAGGAGAAAAUUUCGAAGACCCAACAGAGUCAGCAGCACGGAAUCUAUUAAAGCCAAUGAAUUGGACGACAGUCCAAUAGUCAGGAUAACUCAGGAUAGUCGCAAAAGGAACUCUUCGCUUCGUUCGCGAUCUGAGAGCAGCGACGAAGAGAGUGAUAAUGUAACAAACAUCAAAGUCUCUAAAAGGCCAACCGUCAACCGCGAGUUGUACAACAGGACAAAGCAGACGAAGAAGAGAAACAAUGUGCAAGAACCAUUGCAAAAAGUAAAUAUUGAGUCAUAUCGGAAGCAGAUCGCGUCAAAUGUUCUAGAAUCAAGUACUAUCGCGGAGAGCGACAAAAUUGACAAAAACGAUUUGAUAAAUAUCGUUGAUCAAGAAGAAGCUACUAUAGUUGAUUCCGUUGUUGAAUCCAACACCAUCGAGCCAACGUACGUCGAUCAGGUAAAACCGGUUGCAUUAAUCGACAUCACGACUGCCUCCAGCAACAAUAAGGUCGAUUAUACGAGUGAUCGAUCUGAUGAUGCUGUCGCCACAACGACCGCCCAUAUCGAAACUCACGAGUUUAAUCCUAACUUGGUGAUAAUCGUCACCGAACACGCAGAAAGUACAUCGGAAGCGCCGAGGAGACGCAAAGUUAUUCUGAAAAGGAGACCAAUAUCAUCGAACAAUACUGUUGAAGCAGAAGAAGAAAAAAGACCUGAAACAUUUCGCAGACGAAAAGUGAUAAAGCGAAAACGUCCGCUUCAGGAUACCUCAUCGCCGAAAUCAACCGAAGUUUUUCUCGAGGAAGAAGCGUUAGAAGAUUCGAGUCUUCUUCCAGAAUCGACGACUCCAAUAGGAGAUAGCGAGGAUGAUGAAAAAUCGACGAUCGCUACUGAUCAGACAGAAGUUAUUUCGUUGAAUAAGGAUGUUGAAGAAUUGCCGGUUGCUACAGGAUUCACGAAAGAAAUGCAAGACUCGACUCUAGCUAUCACAGAAGCCACUUUAUCCACCGAUUACAAUCUUGACGGUUUCACGAAGAUUAUUUUGGAGACUCCCGCGGCGGAAACUACGACAAUCUUGAACAAAGAAGCUUCCGAUUUCUUCAGUAGCGCUGCUAUAUCAACGAUUAAUACAUAUGCCGAUGAAGAAUAUCAAUCGACGAGUGAAAUAAAUGUUGAAGCUGCUACGAUAGAAUCAACGUUGGCGACAGCUACGAUCGAUAAUACUGAAAGCAGCGCACUUUUAGAAGAAACAUUGGUACCUGAAGAUCCUGAGAACUUGUCUACGCAAAUUAUCACUGCACCGUCCACAUCGGAACCAGAUUCCACUCGCGCGCAAAUGGCUACAGAACUAUUCACGGAAUCGGAUUCGUCUUCGGCUUCAAGCCCGAGCUUCGAGUCGAGAUACGCGCGUCUGAAAUUUAUUCGCAAGAAUCAUGUGUCUUCGGGAACGAAUGCGACUAACCGAUAUCCUCCCGUAUUAUCGUCAACGGAAAACAGUAACCUCGAGGUUCUCUCGAGACGCAGAAAUAAUUUAUUCAUUCGACAUCAUCCAAUUUCUUCUACCACUACUAACAUACCACGCGAUGAUCUUAAAUAUCAGGAGGAAAAGCAGGAUAUAAAUAACAGAUCUCGCGACUUGAUUAGACAGGAGGUUGCAGAAGAUACGACCCUGAAGAAUAAGCCGGUUUCUAUGGAUGCUCUUUCGGAUAAUUUUGCAGAAUUCUGGAAAAGUUAUACUACAGCUUCGUCGAGAAGCCAGAUAAACAAUGCUUCUACUCGUAUCGAGGAUAUCGAUGAUCGUAAAGUCGCAGAAACAGAAGACAUUACGUAUCAAUCGACUACGAUUACCACAAGCAAGUCAGAGAUUCGACCACGAUAUAAGAUUCCCGUAAUUCUGAAGAGACCCUUUGAUCCCGAAGAGGCUUUAUCGCCCAAACGAUAUCAUUCUUUAGAUUCCGCGCCCGAAGAAUCCGAAGAGACGCCGGAAACCAAAGAAACUAGGCUGAGACAAUCCAGUUUCCGGCAACCGCGUACGCGUUACAAGCUUCAAAACCGCGAUAACAUCAAAACCGAUGAGGAACCAACAUCCUUGAGUCCGGAACCCACGAGUACCUGGCAGUACUUUAGAACGCGCUUGUACUCGAAACGUCCGUCGUCGACCAGUACGGAAGCGACGGUCACGGAAACUCUGAUCCCAGCAAGAAAAUUCGAUUACGUCGCCGAUGCUUUUCAUCGAAAACAGCAAUUGCUUAAGACGACGACGCCGAGGAGCAACGAUCCUUUCGACUCGCAGAAUCUGGUCGAUCCGGAUUACACGAGCGUAACGACGGCCAAGCCGUCGGUGACUCGAUUGGUGACUUCCGUGACGGAAUCUGGCACCACGGAACGGCAAAAGAUCCUUAUCAAGACUAAAUAUUCGUCGCUUACGUCGAACACGAAGAUAUCUGCGGACCAGUUCUCUUCGACGACCCCCUCAUUGGUCUCGGUGACGGGACUUGAUGACGAAUCUCUUAACGAGAUACGUCAGGGCGUCGAACGGUCCACUCUGCCAAUCGAGGGCGAGUUCAGUUAUCAUUAUGAUAAUCGAUUCACCACGGAGUCCCAAGAGCCUUCGACCAUCGAAAUCGAGUCGGUCGCCGAUUCGAAACCUAUCAGAUUGCCGACCCUGAAGGAACUGAUUGGUUAUCCGACGACUUACUACUAUGACGAUCAUAUUGCUACGACGCCGUCGUCCGCACUCUUGCACUUGCUGCGUAACGACGUGGACAACGAUAUUAGCCGGCAGAACGUCGAAGAAAUUUCGUUCCGAGAGACGAACGAAUCUCGAGGUGAUGAAAGAGAGCAAUCAACGAGAAACAUAAUUGAAGAAGAGACCGGCGACUCGUGGCUGCGGCAAGCUUCGGAGAACAAAGGGAGAUCUCGCACUCCAAAGAGAAUAGAUGUCACUCUUGAGGAACGAGCUCUGGUCACAAAUGUCUCUGUUAUUCAGGGAGACGAGGAUAGACGAAAGAAAUCUUCGACCUUGAUGUAUCUGAGACCGACAACGAUGCGCGGCAUUCCUCUCGUCAGUUUGACUUCCAGCCCAUUGACGCGUGGCUUUUACGUCACCAGAGGUGAGAAGGAUCCAUCAUCAUCGACGUUGGCGAUUGACUUUACGUCGCCUUACACGACGAUCGACAGUUUCAUUGAACAGCAGACGGAAACCGCUUUAACUCCCGACAUUUCUACGACCGACGAGACUGUCACUAUUACUCAUAAUAAUCAGAACGAACCAGGAUCCGAUGAUAAUAUAAAUGAUAUAGUAACCGACAAAGUCACUCGUAACGAUCAGAAUGAGUUAGAACUCAAUACUUUCAACAACAAUAUAAAUGACAUUAUUAAAAGAAAAGAUGAUCGUGAAGAAAAAUCUUCCACGUUCGAUUCUUUGAUGAUCUCUUCGGAAAAUUCUGACAGCGCCGAGAAUCCUUCGACUUAUACAGAGCCUGAUAUAAUUACAAUUCCUGUCAGUAGACCUACGUCUAAAAGAGGAAAAUCACUACGUAAUUUUGAUUAUAAUACGACACCUCUUUCUGAUGUUUACGCCGUUUCGCCGACAACAUCGACAAAACGAAGAAUCGCCAUCGCCAUAAGCAAAUACAAAGAAGCUAGCAUUCCGUUGUGGACGGGUAAACGUGUAGUGAUCAGAAAACGAAACAGGACUGCUGUUUCGUCGAUCAAGGAAGCCGAGAGACGAAUCGACGAGACUGCUUCUCCUCGCACCGCAACGAAUAUCUUCAAAAGCGAUUCUGCAACUUCUGAGAUCCCUUCGACAUUGACUUCGGCAAAGCGUAAACUCGCCGCGAUUUCAACGGUACCGACAACACCAUUAAUUGUGUCUGAAUCUAUGAUAUCUCCCAAAAUUUUAGAUGUUUCCAGCGAUCUUGCAUAUUCAACUGACGGUUCGAUGACCGAAGACUCGAUAGAUAGCACAAGUGCAGAAACAGCGAUUACUUUAACAAACUCGAUAAUUGCAGCGACUUCUCCAAUCACAAAAAUUGCUUCAAUAACGAAUAAUUCCACAGUUAUUUCAACGAUCUCCGAUGAUUUUACAAGCGUAACUGCGAUACCUUCAACCGCAAAUGAAUCUAUAAUUAUGACCACACCAUCAUCGACUGUCGCUGUUGCAAAGGCUCCCAUAGUUGCAAGUGAUCAAGCCACGAUCACGACUAAAUCCGCGAUUAAAAGCGCUGGAAUUGAAAUUCCAGUUUCUAUGACUGCAGAUUAUUUCGUAGCUGCUGUUCCAACAACUGCGAGUACGCACGCAAUCGCAAAUGAUUCUGUAAUUACAUCCACGAUUACGAGUAUUGGCGUUGAAAUAACUUCCCCAAUUGCAAAUUAUUCGACUGAUUUUGCAAAUAUGAUUGUACCCGCAACUAUAAGCGCCGAAGAUAAAAUUACUUCAACAAUUACAAAUUAUUCUGUAACUGAUAUUCCGAUAAAUACAAGUACGAACGCAAUUGUGACUGAUUCUGCAGUUACGACUGCACCCGCAAUUACAAUUAGUACAGGAAUCGAAACUACUUUGACAGUCGCAGAUUCCGUAGUCGCGAUUCCAACAGCUACGAAUAAGCAAGAAAUUGCCAUUGAUCCUACGAUCAUAACUACGUCUGCAACUACAAGUACCGAAGUUGAAACUACAAUUACAAAUAAUACCGCAUUCGUUAUCCCACCAACUACCAUGAUCCCUGCUAUUACUAUCCCAUCGUCAAUUAUUUCUUCUACGCAUUCAACUAUACCUGCGACAACGAGCAAUCUUGCGGAUGCAGAUACUGUAACUGUGACAAAUAUGUUAACUACGACAAUACCUACAACUGUAGUUAUUCCGACGAUUAGUGACCCGAAUGUAAUUACGUCUGCAAAUGCAAACGUUCCGUCUACUUUCGCAAUCACUGACACAACUACGAGUUUACCUCAAACUAGUUCUGUAAUUUCAUCCAAAGAUUCCGUUACAAGCGCAGAUGAAACCUCAGCUGUGCCUACGACUUUAACGAUAGAAUCUACCACGACACAUUUCAAUUCGAAUGUUUUUAAUAUUAGCAUUAAUUCAGAAGUAUCAGCCGUCACGGCAACUGCAAAGUUUAUCCAAACUACCGAAAUUCCCACGACAUUCGAAACUUCUCCGAUAUUUACCUCGACCGUCAUUUCGAGAUCUCUUCCUAGUACCAAUUCCGAAAUGUUGUCGACCACUGUUUUCUCGGACCAAACGAGCGAGAAUUCUGUGACAUCAAUGGUUACGCAAAUUCCCUCAACUCUCUUUUCAAUCGUAACACCGGUUACUAAUAUAGCAACUGUAGAAAAAUCGACACUUUCCGCUACUUACGAUGAAUCAAUCGCGACAAACACCAUAAUUCAAACCACGGGCAUUUAUGAACCGAGUUCUGUACAAACGACGAGUAAAGAGUCUGCGACUCCAAAAAUGAAGACAGCUUCAAGGACUAUAGAAAGUCGAAAACAAGAUCGGAUUUCGAAACUCGAUGAUCAAGUCGGUCAGAAAACCUCCAGGCGUCGCGUCGUAAAUCGGACGAACAAUUGGAUCGGACUACCUGUAGUACAGCAAACAGUCGAUCAACAUCCUCUGCAUCGAGUCACGCUGUAUCGCGGGCGACCGCGAAGACCUCCUGGCUAUACUUCGAGAGUGGUUGAGGAAAAUCGCAGAAGAAGAAUCAUUCAGAGAAGGAUGAGAGUUAACUUUGAACCGAUCAAUAGUACUAUUAGACCCGACGAGAAUACUGUCGUUGUUCAGAAUACUACUGAGGAUCACGUUGCAUAUAAUCGAACGAGAAAUGUAAGAAAAAGAAUGAGAAUUAUAUCGAAGAGAGUCAGGGAAAGAGUUGAGGAAGAGGAGACCACUACUUUACAAGAACCUACCGCUACUGACAAUGAGAAUAAAACGCAUCAUGAGAAAGUUCAUCGUGAGAAUGGAAAUAUCGAAAAAGAACGAAAAGAUGUAUUAAAAAAGAUAAAAUCUCAGUCUCAAGAAAACCUUGCAACGAACAAAACCAGUGCCGAGCCUGAUUCGGUCAAUGAAACUCUUUCAAGUAAUUUUCAAAGUGAUCUUCGUAUGAGCAAAAACCUUCCCGAACAAGAAAACAAGAGAGAAAGAAUGAGGGUUGUAUUAAAGAGCAUUAAACCUAAAUCCGAGGAAAAGAAUCCAAUCGAAGAAGCGAGAGGAGUUUCUGAUUCUGUUGAUAAAAAUUUUCAAGGCAAUUUUUCAACAAAUUUUUAUGCAAACAAAAAUAUUUCCGACAAAGGACGUACAGGAAGAAAAAUGAGAGUUUUACUGAAGAGUGUUCGACCUAAAUCUAAGAAAAAUAAUUCCACAAUUGAAGAAACAAGUACGGAUAUUAUCGAAAAAAAUCUUCAAAAUAAUCUUUCGAAUAAUUUUAACACAAAUAAAAAUUUUUCUGACGAGCAGAAAACAAAAAGAAGAAUGAGAAUUGUGUUAAAGAGAGUUAGACCUAAAUUCGAAGAGGAACAAGCGAAGACCGAAAAAACCAGUGCACAUUCUAAUUCUACGGAUGAAAGUCUUCGGGGCGUUUUUUCAAAUAAUCUUAGAAGCGGUCAAAAUUUUCCCGUCGAAUAUAAGAGUCGAAGAAGGAUGAGAGUUGUAUUGAAGAGUAUUAAACCCAAAUCUGAGGAAAAGAACUCAACAGCUGAAGAGACGGAUUCUGAUUCUACAGAUACAGAUCUUCAAGGUAGUUUUUCAAGUAAUUUUCACACAAAUAUCAAUCUUUUCGACGAAGAAGAGACAAGAAAAAGCAUCGAAUCCAAGUUCGAGGAAAAAGAUUCAAUAGCUGAAGAAACAAGGGCGCAUUCCGAUAAAAAUUUUUCGAGUAACCUUCAUAUAGAUGAUAACUUUUCUAACCGAGAAAAAAUAUUAACGCAUUUUAAACACGGAAAAAAGGAGGCGACAAUCGAACGGCUGGAAGACAUCGAGGAGCCGCAAACUACGGAGACAAUUGUUCUGGCCAAGGACACUGAUCAGCCCUCGCUCGAGGUAAAUUCCUUAAAGAAUGGUGGAUCCGUCGGUCGCAAAUCAGGACUCUCUAAUAGAUACAGAAAACCGACACAGUCGACAACGGCCGCUCCGCUAAUUAACACCUUUCCGAGCACAGUGGCUAUUUAUCGAAACGGUAGACCAAUCGAGACCACCUUCUCAUCGAGGAUAGACCUCGUCGACGCGUUCGAGGAUACCAGAUCGGCCGUCGUCCAAAACGAUCAAAAGACGGAUGUGUCCGAUCAAACCAUCCGCGCCCAAGAAUUCGCGGUGACCCUAGCGGACCCGCCGCAAUCGUCGUCGUCAGACACUGGUCGAACGGCGUUAAGGGACGCCGCAAGGCGCAAGAUAAGCACCACCGUAGCGCCUAGAACAAAUCCGACGAUCGACAGGACGAUCUCGAGAUACGAUGCAGACUUCAGGAACCGUCAGAGAUCCCAGACGAAAAGUGCGCGGCCCACGGUGAAUGCUACCACGAGACCCAGAAGACCGCCGGUGCUCGACUACGAUUAUUACGAGGAUGAGACGCCGAUCGUUAUCGGCAAGUCUUUCCUCAAUAGCAAGCUCUUCCUCACGAGUAAGGGUACUAUACGCUGCUUGGACCAAGGCAAUUUUCCGCAUCCGUACUCGUGUAAGAAGUUCAUCUCUUGUGCGCGUAUGGUGAAUGGCCAGGUGAUCGGAACCGAGUACACCUGUCCCGAUAAGCUGACCUUUGAUCCGAUCGGCGGUAUUUGCAAUUGGUCCGCCGGUCUCGGUUGCAAGAAGUAAUCAGUAUAAUUCACUCGACAGUCUAACAUAAAAAGAUUAUCUCAGACUCGAUUGCAUUUAAAGUCACUUUUUAGAGCUCUCUUUGUUCAAGUAAAUCUAUUUAACUUCAAAAAAAAAAAAAAUCGUAAAAUUUAAUUUGACUGAGAAUGUCGAUGCAAUUAGAUUCUUAAUCGUUUUUCUUGCAUCUGGUUCGGACAAUAUAUAAUUGAAUACAAAAGAAUCUUAUAUUUACGUCAUUAACGCGUUUACAAUACACAAAUGAUAUUUGAUCAUAUUUUUAAAAGAUAUAUUUUUUUAUCUCUGCCAUUUGUGAGGGAAAGAUCGCUGAGAAAAUGUAUGACUUUCGAGUGAUUCUAAUUAUCAAUUGCACAUUUUUCUAAUAUAAAAGACAGACAUUUUUAGAUAAUAGUAAAUUUCUCGGUUUAAUAUUAAGGACGAUUAGGAGAAGAAUGUUUCUAAUUUUGCAAAAAGAUUUAUAUAAAUUUUAUUUUGAUUGAUCUUCUUUUCUCGCGAAAGUUUGAGAUAUUACACUAUUUUAGACUUUUAAACUUUGCUGUAAUCGCAGCACGAUAAAUGAGAGCAUUCUAUAAAAAUCAUGAGAUGACGUUAUGACUAUAUUAUUAAAUAGAAUUAUAACGACAAAAUGUUAGGGAACAAGCGUGAAACAAAUAGAUUAUUCGUUCGAGGAGAUUUGAAUCAGUCUCAUCGGAAAGGCAAAAUAACUUCACAAUAUUUUUUUUCAUCGCCACAAAGAUAAUUUUUUCUGAAUAUAUCGUAACUAGUAUUAUUAAUACAAUGUAACACAUAUAAAAUAGAACUUUUGAUAUUAAUAGAUCAUUCUCAUAUA